AUGCGUUUGUAAACAGUCACUUGGAAACGAAACAGUGCCGAGAGGGAGGCGAGCGGGCUCUAAUUGGACACUCCCCUGUCGGCUUCCCCCUGGCGCUGGGAAGAAACGCCAAGACGUGGAUUUUCCUCGCAGGCAUCAGGCGGGAGGUGCUCGGCAGCAGCGAGCUGGCAUUCGGUGUUCAAACGCGAGCACCGGGAGGGUUGCAGAGAGGUGAGCCACCUCAUGAACCGCAAAGGAGCCGGGGCCGUACCUGGAGAGAGAGGGUCGCGCAGCGCGGCGUGCUAACAGAAGAAAAUCUGGUCUCACAAUGGGAAAUCUACCAAUUAUAUUAUUCCUUUCCACAAGUACAUUGAUACUUGCCUUUGAGAUUGGCACUGAGAAUGACUACACCUGGCACUUACAGAGGGCACCUCAAGUGUUGGACAGAAGAACGAUGACCAUCAAACCUCCAAGAUUUGCAGCUGAAACCAAAUUGUUGCUUAACUCAACCUGUGGGAUCGCUUGUCAAAAGAAACUACCGUCACCAACUGUGUCUGACCUUCAGCAUUACCUCUCGUAUGAGACGGUGUACAGUAAUGGGACAUGCACAAUGACUGAGGUAAACAUCAGAGAAUUUGAUCUGAAGCACGAACUCCAGUACACCGAGAGUAGCAGUUAUUCAAGGAGGAGGAAGAGGCAGGUCUUCGGGUUGGACAGCAGGUUCAGCAUUAGCCAGAAGCAGUUCGUUACUAACUAUCCCUUCAACACUGCGGUGAAAAUCUCCACAGGAUGUACCGGCAUUUUAGUGUCCCGGAAACACGUGCUGACAGCAGCUCACUGCAUCCACGACGGCAAAGACUAUGUAAAGGGUGCCAAGAAGCUCCGAGUUGGAUUUCUAAAGAUGAGAUCCAAGGGAGGUGGUAGAAGAAGAGGGUCUAAGAGGAUUAAGCGAUCAACAAAGGAUAAGCCGUCUUUCCAGUGGUCCAGGGUCGUCCGCACUCAAGUACCGAAGGGAUGGUUCAAAGGUGUCGGUGAAGAUAUUGCAAUCGAUUAUGAUUACGCCGUUCUGGAGUUGAAAAGGGCCCAGAAGCACAAGUACAUGGAUAUCGGCAUUAGUCCCCCUGUGCAGAACAUGCCAAGCAGCCGGAUUCACUUCUCGGGCUUCGACAACGACAGGCCGGGCAAGUUGGUUUAUCGGUUUUGCACCGUGUCUGAUGAGUCCAAUGACCUGCUCUACCAGUACUGCGACGCCCAGCCCGGAUCGAGCGGCUCAGGCAUCUACAUUCGGCUUCGGGAUCCCGAGCAUCGCAUCUGGAAACGGAAAAUCAUCGGAGUCUUUUCCGGUCACCAGUGGGUGAAGAUCAACGGCGGGCAACAGGAUUACAAUGUGGCCGUGCGCAUCACGCCUCUUAAAUACGCACAGAUCUGUUUCUGGAUACAUGGAAACUAUGCUGAUUGCAGAGAUGGUUGAUGGAAUCUGUUACUCCUGUUACUCACUUUCGUGUCCGCGUACUUCUGUACAGACAUUGGCCAAUCUGGAUGAUAGUUUUCCACUGAGAGUCAUUGAAAAGACAAGUGCAAUUUCAUCUUGAUUAUAAUAAUCUGUUCAGGGUGCUCUAAUUUAUGAAAAUGUAAAAUUAACAGCAGCCUUUCGGAGCAUAUCAAUAACUGGGGUGCAUUGCCGUCAGAUAUUCAGUAUUUAUCUUAGUUAAUUAGUCAUCUGCAGGAUUGAGAUAUUCAAAGCCAGUACAAACCCAAUAAGUAUUUAGUUAAUCGUGUUGAAAGUUCCAUGUAUUAAAAUGUCUCCUUAUUCUCAUUUCUAAUGUUAUUUUUAGUGUUGACGGAUUCACUGCCACAAUCUCUAGAUGACUAGAAUCAGAAUUAGGUCUGUUGUCACUGGCAUACAAUAUGUUGUGAAAUUUGUUGUUUUGUGGCAACAGUACUUUGUAAUACGUAGUAACAAAAUAUAAAUUACAUUAAGAAAUGAAAAUAAAAAAUCGAGUAGUGCAAAAAGAGGGAAAGCAUUUAAAAACUAAAAAUCAUGUGGGAGUGUUCAUGGGUUCAUUGUCCAUUCAGAAAUCUGGUGGUGGAAGGGAAGCUGUUCCUGAAAUGGUGAGUGUGUGUCUUCAGGCUCCUGUACCUCCUCCUUGAUGGUAGUAAUGAGAAGAUAGCAUGUCUUGGGUGAUGGGGGUCCUUAAUGAUAGAUGCUGUCUUUUUGAGUUAUCACAUUUUGAAGAUGUCUCCAAAUGCUGGAGAGGCUGGUGCCCAUGAUGGAGCUGGCUGAGUUUACAACUUUCUGCAGCUUUUUCUGAUCCUGUGCAGUAGCCCCUCCGUACCGAGUGGUGAAGCAACCAGGUAGAAUGCUCUCCACGGUACAUCUGUAGAAACUUGCAAUUGUCUGCUGACCUAAUGAAAUAUAGCCACUAUCGUGCCUCCUUUAUCUUAUAAACGAAACACUAUUCAUUCACACUUCAAGCAAUUUCUCGUAUUAAGCUACUACAGUUUCUGCUGCAUCAACAUGUCACUUGCAUCAAAUUUAAAAUGUCUUGUAACCUAAGGGGAAGUGAUUCUUACCCUUGUACUGAUUUUGCAUUACAUCAUUUGCUGUUGAAGAUAUAUGGUAGGUGAUCUUCAUAGCUUUUUCCCCUAUUGAAGGGAAUAUGUUAUCAUCAAUUUUUUAAUGACUUUAGCACAAAUAUGCCUUUUUGUAAAUGAACUGCCAAAAUGGAAUGCAUUCUACAGCUAGAUAUAAUAUAGGUCCUCCCCACGUUCAAAGUAAAUUUAUUAUCAAAGUACGUAUGUGUUUUUAAAAUUUUUAUUUCGAGAUACAGCACAGAGUGGACCCUUUCAGCCCUUCGAGCUGCACUGCCCCAGCAGACCCCGGUUUGACCCUAGCCUAUUCACGGGACAAUUUACAGUGACCAAUUAACCAACAUCGUUGGACUGUGGGAGGAAACUGGAGCACCCAGAGAAAACCCAAGCAUUCCACAGUACGGACUCCUUAGAGAAGAUGCCGGAAUUGAACUCCAAACUCCGAAGCCCCAAGCUGUAAUAGUGUGGCAGUAACUGCUGCACUACCGUGCAGUAUUUGUACAUUUAUACUACUCUGAGAUUCAUUUUCUUGCAGGCAUCUGCAGUAGUACAAGAGAAUCAAUGGAGAACUACACACAGACUGAUUGCUGUCAUCUGGUGGUAGCCCGGGCAGUUUGCAAGUGGAAAAGGUGACCGUGAACCAAAUUCACACACGGCAGAAGAUGUCAGUAGCUCCGUGGCAAAUUCACCUCAGCCAUCUCCAAAACACCUGUUUGUGGGUGCAGGCUGAACCUAAACCAGGCGUUUGUACACAAAGAAGGGCCUGUAGUUACAAAGCUUAGUAAAAUUAAAGAGAAUACUGCAGCUUGUAAAAGGAAUUGAAUUCACACAACAAAUGUUCACUCAAAGUGUAAUUGAAUCGAUGCAGUGAAUGAAAAUGUAAAUGGGAUUUGUUAGUUAAAUUUAUUUAAGUUUCAACCAUCAUUUCAUUCUUUUCAUGACCUCUGUCUCCUCUGAACCCAUAAAAAGUAUUGAGGUAGUGAUAAGUCAAAAGUACUAUAGAAUCCAGUACUUUUGUAGCCAUGCACUAAAAAUGCCUUAUUCAAGGUUCAAGGUUGUUUAACAUCAUUUCCAGCACAUGGUGUAAAUGCAAACAAAAUAAUUGUUAUUCUGGAUCCGAUGCAGCACCAAAGAAACACAGUAAAAUAAAGAACCCAAUAAUUUUUAAAAAACAAUAAAUAUUGAUACUUAAGGUAGCUUACAGACAUAAUUGAUUGUAUGUCUGUAAAGUGAUGCUGGGCACAGGAGUGUCUGUACAGAAGGUGACUGACAGCAAAUGAUAAAGUAGUGCUGGUUGGGGGUGUGGAGGGGUGGGUUAAUGGGUCGAGGUCUAAUCAGCCUAUGGCGUUACAGGAGUGAAUGAUACUUCAGUGGGAUUUGUCAUUCUGUAUGGCAAGGCAAAUCAAAUCAAUCUCUUUAAAAAUGUGUUGUAAGAAGCUUAUAUUUUUCAAUUGCAUCGAGCUAACUGUGUAGAUUAGAAACUAACGCUUCAAGUAUCAACCUGAUCAUUUGAUUGCUAACAGCACAUCACUCUUAUUUAUACAGAGAACAAUGACAAAGAUCUAUUGGUUUGUAUUCAUGAAGAAGGUAGACAAAAUGACAAUGUUUCAGAACUUGUAUCUGGGCAGAGUGGUAAAGCCCUGAACAUUUCCUGGCAAAUUCAGUUCUUUGAAACCAGAUACAGAAUUCUGUCCUAAACAAAAACUCGAGUAAUAUUAGCUUACUUCUAUUGCAGGAGGACAAAAGUAUUGAGUGAGGCAGAGAAUGCCAUAGAUGUUCGGUGAGAGUAGCGUUCGGCACGGACUAGAAGGGCCGAGAUGGCCUGUUUCCGUGCUGUAAUUGCUAUAUGGUUAUAUGUGACGUAUGGUCAUGUGCCAUGGUGACCGAGCGGUUCGCGCGAUGCUCAGGGUGUUGGAGUUCAGAGUUCGGACUUCAAUUCCGGCAUCCAUUGUAAGCAAGUUUAUACGUCCCUUCAAACGCUUAUGUGCAUUCCCCCCACCGCCAGAGCUCCGAUUUCCUCCCACAGUCCAGAGACUUACUGGUUAGUGGAUUAAUUGGUCAUUGUAAAUUGUCCUGUGAUAAGGCUAGGGUUAAAUCAAUGGGUUACUAGGUGCCACAGCUUAAAGGGCUGGAAGGGCCAGUUCCGCACUGUAUCUCUAAAUAAAUAAAUAUAUAUAUACGAAUAAUAAUGUCAGUGAAAAGUUUGAGGAAAGUUCUACCACUUUCGAAGGGCUGGAGCUACCCUAUCUGUUGCACUCACUGUCAUUGCAAGUUAGGUGACAGUAAAGAUUAAAGAGGGAAACAAAGCUAUUUAGCUAAGAAUUGUAAGAUGGUGCACACUGUUCACUCUUAAAAAAUAAAUACAGCUACACUCAAAGCACAACACCAUUGAGGGAAUUCUACACAACACGUCAAGGAAAUAUUUAAAUAAUGAUGGUCAUUAACAAAUAGAACUUGAAGUCAUUUAUUUUGAAUUAAUGACAAGCACACAAAAAUUUAAUUUAUUUGUUAGAAUUAGAUUUUGAUUAACGAUAUUCAAGAAAAUCACUGAUUUUUCUAUUUGAAGUGUACAAUGAGAAUAUGUUUACCUAGGAUAAUUAGUAAUUAAGUUCAUUGCUUUAGAAAAAUAAUCCAGCUGGGUAAUAGCUGAUGAUGGCCAUUAAAUAAAGACAUAAAAAUAAAGAUUAGCUUUAUUUGUCACAUGUACAUCGAAAAAUUGAAACACCCAGUGAAACAUGUUGUUUGUGUCAAAUCGUAUCAGUGAGGAUGUGCUGGGGGCAGGCUCAAGUGUCACCGGGCUGCUGGCACCAACACAGCAUGCCUGCAGCUAACUGGCCCUUAUCAGUAUGUCUUUGGAAUGUGGGAGGAAACUAGAGCAUGUGGGGCAAACCUACGCAGUCACAGGGAGAACGUACAAACUCCUUACAGCCUGCAGCAGGAACUGAACCCCGAUCUUACAGCUGCCACUGUGAAGCAGUUUCUGCUCUACCAUGCUACUCGAAAUUCAUUAAGGGAAAAAAAAACUAAACCCAGGUAAUUUUGUUGUUUUUUUUUGCUUUGGGCAAAAUAUAAGUUGCUUUGCAUAUUUGCUCUUAAGUGUCAUUUUAAAAUAAGACUCUGAAAUGCAUGGUUAGAUAGUGGCACUUUUGAUAGAUCCACUGUUUUGAUGUACAGUAUAUUGUGUAAGACAUGAUCUAUGAAUUUCACUGUAUGUUGAGCAGAAAAAUACAGAUCUUUCUCUGUUCUUGGCUAUCUGUUGCGUUUUUUAUUGUUGGAAAUAGUUAGACAUUUAAUAUACAAAAUACUCUCUGUGAUCACUUUAUUAGAUACAGGAAUAGAACCCUUGAGGUCGUCUUCUGCUAUAGCCCAUCCUCUUCAUGGUUUGAUGUGCUGUGCAUUCAGGGACGCUCUUCUGUACACCACUGUCGUAACGCAUAGUUACCUGAGUAGGAACAUGGAUGGCUACAGCACAGGAACAGGCCAUUCAGCCCACAAUGGUGCAGCCCAUCCACU